GGGAGCCGACCGCUGGGGCCGCCCGCUGGCGGCCGAGGGGAAGCGGCGGCGCCGGGAGGGCGGCGGCGGCGGCGGCUCCGCCCCGGCCGCGGGGUGUCGAGCCCCUCUCCGCCGCGCCGGUGGGGACGGCGGCAGCCGGCGGCGGCGGGGUCUGCCUUCGCCGCCAGCGGGGACCCAGUGCUGCCCCGCUGCGCCCGCCCGCUCCAUCGCACGCUGUUGUCAUGGAGGAGCCAAGAUGGCGGCCCUGGCCUACACGGGGGGCAAGCGGGAGAUCAACUACUACUUCAGCGUGAGGAGCGCCAAGGUGCUGGCGCUGGGCGCCGUCCUGCUCCUCACCGCCUGCCACGCCGCCUCCCGCCGCUACCGAGGUGGCGAUACAUGUGAGUAUCUUCUGUCCAGUGGGAGAUUUCUUGGAGAAAAAGUAUGGCAACCCCACAGUUGUAUGAUGCAUAAGUAUAAAAAUAGUGAAGCAAAAAAUUGCCUCAUAGACAAACAUAUUGUGUUUAUAGGAGAUUCUAGAAUUCGACAGCUGUUCUAUUCAUUUAUAAAACUCAUAAAUCCUCAAGUCAAAGAAGAAGGAAAUAAGCAUGGAAAUAUCCCCUUUGAAGAUAAAUCUGCUUCAAUUAAAGUGGAUUUCCUGUGGUAUCCAGAAGUUAAUGGCUCUAUGAGGCAACGUAUCAAAUCUUGGACUGAGGGUUCUGUGGCAAAACCUCAUAUAAUUGUAGCAGGAGCUGCCACGUGGUCUAUCAAGAUUCACAAUGGCAGCAAUGAAGCCCUCACACAGUAUAAAAUCAAUAUCACUUCAAUUGCACCUCUUUUGGAAAAGUUAGCAAAAAGUAGUGAUGUUUACUGGGUCUUACAAGAUCCUGUUUAUGAAGAUAUGCUGAGUGAAAGUCGGAAAAUGAUCACUAAUGAGAAAAUAGAUGCUUAUAAUGAAGCAGCUGUUCGUAUUCUGAACAGUAGUUCCCGAAAUUCUAAAGCUAAAGUUAAAGUCUUCAGUGUAUCAAAAUUGAUAGCACAAGAAACUAUCAUGAAGUCUGCAGAUGGCCUGCAUCUCCCUGAAUCAAGCAGAGAUACAAAUGCGAUGAUUCUUAUGAAUGUCUACUGCAAUAAGAUAAUGAAGCCCAUUGAUGGCUCCUGCUGCCAGCCUCAGCCUCCUCUCACUCUGAUACAGAAAUUAGCUUUCUGUUUCUUUACUUUGUCCAUUAUUGGAUAUUUAAUUAUCAAUUUAAUUCAUCGGAAUAAUUAUCGGAAGAACAAAUCAUGCACUGAUUUGGAAAGUGGAGAGGAGAAGAAACCUGCCAUCAGCACUCCUAAUGUUUCUACUUUAGAGAUGCUCUUGCACUCCUUCUGCAAACUUGGUCUAAUCAUGACCUAUUUUUAUCUAUGUGACAGAGCAAAUCUUUUCAUGAAGGAAAAUAAAUUUUAUACACAUUCAUCUUUCUUCAUACCAAUCAUCUAUAUCUUGGUUUUGGGGGUAUUUUAUACCGAAAAUACCAAAGAGACUAAAGUGUUAAAUAGAGAACAGACUGAUGAAUGGAAGGGCUGGAUGCAACUUGUUAUUUUGAUUUAUCAUAUCUCUGGAGCAAGCACUUUUUUGCCUGUGUACAUGCACAUUCGAGUUCUGGUUGCUGCGUAUCUGUUCCAAACAGGUUAUGGGCACUUCUCAUAUUUUUGGAUAAAAGGGGACUUUGGUGUAUACAGAGUGUGUCAGGUUUUAUUUCGUCUCAAUUUCUUGGUUGUGGUACUGUGCAUAGUGAUGGACCGACCUUACCAGUUCUACUACUUUGUGCCAUUAGUCACUGUCUGGUUUAUGAUCAUUUAUGCCACCUUAGCUAUAUGGCCUCAGAUAGUCCAGAAGAAAGCAAAUGGGAACUGCUUAUGGCACUUUGGUUUACUGCUGAAACUGAUUUGCUUACUGACAUGUAUAUAUUUUCUGUCGUAUUCUCAGGGUGCAUUUGAGAAGAUAUUUUCUUUUUGGCCACUGUCCAAGUGUUUUGAGCUGAAUGGGAAUGUCUAUGAAUGGUGGUUUAGGUGGAAGUUGGAUCGCUAUGUGGUUUUUUAUGGGAUGCUGUUUGCUUUUAUUUAUCUGGCAUUGCAGAAACAUCAGAUGAUAUCAGAAGGAAAGGGAGAUCCUCUUUUCUCCAACAGAGUUUCUAAUGUUUUAUUAUUUAUUUCAAUUGUAUCCUUUUUGACCUACUCUAUUUGGGCUAGUAGCUGUAAAAACAAGACAGAGUGCAAUGAACUACAUCCUUCUGUCUCUGUGGUACAGAUUUUAGCUUUCAUCCUCAUCAGGAACAUUCCUGGAUAUGUCCGAUCUGUGUAUAGCUCGUUCUUUGCCUGGUUUGGCAAAAUUUCUCUAGAGCUUUUCAUUUGCCAAUACCAUAUUUGGCUGGCAGCAGAUACAAAGGGGAUCUUGGUGCUCAUUCCUGGAUAUCCAAUGUUUAAUGUUCUUGUCAGCACUUUUAUAUUUGUGUGUGUGGCACAUGAGAUUUCUCAGAUCACUAAUGAUCUAGCACAGAUUGUGGUUCCUAAAGAUAACUCAACUCUGCUGAAAAGGUUGCUAUGCAUAGCUGGAUUUUUUUCUGGACUACUCCUUUUCUCAGCAAUGCAAGAUCAGUCAAGGCAUUAACUUGCAAAGAUUCUUGGAAACUUUCUUCAGGUUUACUUUGUGUCUGCCUGAACAAAAAUUCUCAACUGGAAGUACAAGAAGACAUUUAAAUUAAGUUUGUUGAAAAUGUAUAUAGCGCAAAUGUACACAUUUUGUGUGGAAACAGCCUUCUCAAAUAAUCUGAGAAACAAGAAUGCACUGUACAGAAUUGCAUGUGAAAAUGAGUCUUUUCUACUGGAUGUAUGUUUCUGUUUACAUAUCUGUUUAAACGUGACACAAAGAAAGAAGUGAAGUUAAAUCAUUUAGCAAUAUCAUGUGCAUAUCACGGAAUUAACUUUAUCUUGGGUCAGUUGAAUGAAGAGUGGAUGUUACUAGAGUACCACCUAUACAUAACACAUGCUGUAAUCAUUCUCAUCAAGGAACAAAAAAGAGCAAACUUGUGAUCCUUCGUUAAUGCUCACCUUUAGCUGAUGUGAAACAUGAAGUUACUGGUAAACCAGGGCAUUCUUCUGAACAAAAUGGUAAUUUUUUGUUUAGAAAGGAGUAUUUUGGGUGGAGAUAAUACACAUUAUAUGAAACCCUUUAUACGUGGAAAUAAAAAGUCAUCACCAAUUCAGUGAUUUAAGAAUAUACACAAGUUUACAUAAUAUUUUAUGGGAUUUUUUUAGAAAUUUAAGAUGUUUUCAGCAAAUAUGGUGAAUUCUGAGGUGAAAUUUUUUUAUAAAGAAAAUUUGAUUUUUUUUUUUCCCUCCCUAAAAUUGUUUGCAUUUUUUCAUAAAUUUUCUACUAAUUUAUUUAACUAUGUGUACAGAGAACUGCAAUCCCAGUGAACAAACAGAUGAGUAAUUUUCAGACACUCAGUUCAGGAUGGAGAAUUUUUGGAAAACCUCUAACCUUUUCCAGUCAGAUGAAAUCCCAUCAUAUCCACUCUGUCAGAUCUUAAGGAAACGGGAGAACAGGGGAAUGGUGAUCUUCGAACCUCUCUCUGAGUUUGUAGGGAACUUUGAACUAGGUCUCAUUAGGGAACUGGUGCCAUAUUCUAUCCUGUAAUAAUAUUUUCAUUUAAAAGGAUGCAUGUCAGUCUGUUGAUAUCACGAGGAGGAGGAAUUGAGUAGUCAUCUUGUUGCAUGCAGGUGGUUGAAUCUCAGAAUUACAAAUGGAAUGAGAUUGGAGCCAUUUGGAGGAACCUUUUUUCCCAUCCUUUUUUAGCAGUUCCCAUCUUUCUUAUUAACUCUUUUCCUUCAGCAUAAAAAGUAAAAUUGAAAGAAGUAGCCCUUCAGCGUGGCAGUGACAAGCUGUAAUUUAUGUUCCACUUAUUCAGUGAAGUUACAGUCAUUUCUUUGCUGUUUGUGGUUUUAGUUCAAGUGAUAGUUUGACCUCUAGUUGCUUCUUCAUUUUACUCUUCUCCUGAUUACUUAUUAGCAGUCAAAAACAUGAGCACAGUAUUGUUUUCCAAGCAUAUGUGCAAUUAUGUAUGAUUAUAAACAAUAUGAAUCCUAAUCUGUACUGUAUGUACUGUCGUGUACAUGUGUUUGAUCUUAUCCCAGUUAAAAAACUGAAUUCAAAUUUGCAGCCACCAAUGAGUGCAAAAAAAAAAAGUGUGAAAAGAAUGACUUUUUCUUUUUUUUUGGUGGAGAACCAUUUCCUUUAAAGAAUGACCAGUCAUUCAUCAUAAAAAAGAAAAAUCAUUCACUUCCCCCAAAUUCAGCAGUUUUACUAAGUCUGCCAGCUAUUUUGAAGCUAUUGGAAAGAUACUCAGCUAUUUGUUCUUUGGGUGCAUUACUUCCAGUGUUUGCAAAGUUAACCUCCUUGAUCAGUACAUUUGAAUGGCUGAAAGAAAUGGUAUAGGUGAACACUGUCGUGGGGGAUAGGAUGCAUAACCUUCAUCUAUGCCAGUAUUAGGAGCAAUGGUGAACUGUGAGUUUGAGGGAUAAUUUUUAUUUUGUUCUUCACAACUUAAGUAUUGUAGAUAUAAUUUUAUUUAUCUGUUGUACAGACUUGGUUAAAAGAUUUAUUUUUAAUGUUUGAAAUAAUGCACUUGUUUACUGUUACUGUAUGUGGGAUAAAUAUAUUUUCUUUUCAGGUUAUGUAAAAAUAUGAAGUAACUUAAACAUUAAAUAAAUGUGCUGUGGAUGCUUAUUUUUGUAAUGGGAGCAGCAUCAAUUAAGUAAAAACUUUUUAUUGCUUGACUCUAGCUGGGCUACAUUUCACUAUUAUGCCUACCUUAAAUUACAGAUUAGUAUUGCAGUUUCUCCAAAGUGAUAUUCUGGAUACUAUUAUUUCAAAUAAAGGGCAGAUAUUCACUUGUA